GCCUGUUGGUUCCGGAAGUACUAGAAAACUUUCUGCCUGUUAAAGAAACAGCUGCGACAGAGAACCAAAAAAAAAUGACAGUAAAUAAUUAAAGUAUCGAGUGUAAUUUAAUCAACCUUUGCUAAGCUGCACGAUAAAGGAGUUCAAAAUUGAAGGGCAUUGGAAUUGUCAAGAUCACACUCGCAGACAAAAAAAUGUGCAUGGGUUGCAAAUCAGUGUUUACGCAUCUUAUUUAGAAACGUAUUAUUAUUUAUAAUAUUUCUGCGCCCUGCUACUUUAAAAUAUAAUAAUUAUGAGACGGGUUAUUUUAAACUUUAAUUCUCUGGACUUCAGAGGAGAUUUCGAGGACUCGUGAAUCGUGCAUUUUAUUUCUGAAGACUGUACAAAAAGGGGGAAAUACGAGAAUGCCAGCUCGGAAAAGAAAAAAUGUUUUACUGGAAUCUAAUUCCAAGAAAAGAAAACUAGAACAAUCGCAAAGUGCCUCAGCAUCCAGUAGAAGUCGUCAGGCUUCAGUUAAGUCAACCAAACCUCAGAAGAGAACAGUUCCACAUAAAAGUACUUUGGCUAACCGACGUGCCAAGAAAAAGCCAUCAUCUGCACUGAAUCAGGUAAAGAAAACCACAAAUGCCCUUGUAACCAAGAAACCCAUCAGACAGUCCUCUCGGGUUAAACAGGCAGAGGAAAACACUUCUGAAAGCAAACCAAACUACAGUAAUGCCCUACCUAUUCAAGGGAAAAACUCCAAAACGAGUUCUAAAGCUCCAAAGAAAAAACAGCUUGCAGUCCCAAACUCGCUUCCUAAACGGUUGCCAGGAGAAAGCCAGACCCAACUUAUAUACGGAGAAAACAGCGAGUGUGCAAAGAACGCCAGGAAGUCUGUAUCUGACAAAGCUGGAUCAUCAUUAAAGCCUGUAAAGGAUAUCUCUUCUAGUGAUUCAAAACCAGGAGGAAAUGUGGUGACAGAGACUGGGGCAAAGAAGACUGUACCCUCUGGGAAAAUAUCUAAAAAAGCUGGACAACAAGAUAGCUCGGUCAGAAUUCAAGAAGACCCGCCCAGACCAAAGAGCAAUAAAGCAGCAACUUCAGACAUAUCUGAGAAAAUACCUCUGGACAAAAAGGAUGAAGUGGACUUCAGCCAGAAUCAACUCUCAGGAAAAGAAGUUAAGAAAAGUUCUGCUUCUUCAGUGGUGAAGCUGGGAGGAGUUAAAAAGACCUCUCCUCCACUGAUGGCACUGUUAAAAGUGAUCAAGGAAUCUACAAUUUAUAAAACAGAGCUAAGUAAGGGGAACUCUUAUACAACAGAUGUGCAGAAAAAAGUUCAAAGGAAUUAUUGUUCUUUAGCGGUACAGAGAGAGGGUGUAACAGACUUCAGUCCUUUAGUACAGCAGAAAGAUGAUGCAAGGAAAUCCAGUGAUUUAGAAGGACAAAAAAUUAAGUGCACUUCUAAGACAAUACAGACACAGGGAGCAGGCAAGACAGACUCCAGUACUUUAGAUAGGCUGAAUAAUGAUUGCUACAGUCCUCUAGAUGCUCAAAAAAGCAAUGAAGACUUAAAGACUUCAGAGGUACAGGGAGAUCUAGAGAUGUACAUCAUUCCUUCAGCCGAGCAAAAAGAAAAUGAAUCUACACCUCUUACUUCACAGAAACAGAAAGUUAAUGAAAACUCAAAUUCCCCAAAAACUAAGAGGGGCCCCAAGGCAGAAGGUUCCGCAGACUCCACUUCAGAGCAACAGGAUGACAAGAAAAACUCCAGUCAUCUGGAGGUUAAAAAUAAAAAGGAUCCUAAGACCUUCUUGUCUAAGAGAGUGCCUGUAGUUAAAAAAUCUAAAACAGGGAAUAUCAAGAAGAACGCUAAAGCCAGCCCAGGCCCUUCUAGCAAGCGUGAAAUGAAUCCUCAAACCAAGGCAAGGGCUCGGCAAGCAGCAGAGAUAGCUGUACUCCCUGAGCCCACCAAACAGCUCAACUUACUUGCACUGUGUGAGGAGAUAGCAGAGGAAAUCGAAUCUGACACAGUGCAGGUGUGGAAGGAAGAAGACGCCAAGCUGGUGGUGGAGAGCAGGCCACAGCAAGCAGAGCCAGAGGUUGCGGAGGAGCCAGGCAGUGAUGGGGCAUUACCUGAGCUAGUUUGCCCACCAGGACACCUGCCAGAAACCCCAACCCUGCAGCCAAAAAAACAGUUUUUCGUGAGUCAGGUAGUGGUGCCUUUGAAAAGCAAGGAGAAAAAAAAACUGUCAAGAAUUGAGCAAAUGCGGAAAAUUGAAGUUAUGCGGCAACAGCUCAGCUGGACAAGAAUGAAGAAGAUGAAAAUGGAGCAGGCAAAACAGAGGACGUGUCCAGAUAAUGUCCCAAUACCCAGAGUGACUAUGACACCGGCCAUCAUUGCCUCUCAGCCCACCACUGUGGGAGUAAAGGUGUUACAGACCCAGGUGAAAAAGCCAGUGCCUGUCUUGAUAGUACCGCUGCCCAAUGGCAAUAGCAGCAACAAGCGGAAACUUGAACCGAUAUCUUUUAAACCUCGAGCAAAAUACUCAGCGGAUGAUUUCGAACUUGAUGAGCCUAAACAAACUGCUACAAAGAGUUCAGAGCAGGCAGCAGUCUCACAGAUUGAACCCAGAGAACUCGCAAAUGAGGGUUUCAUUCUGCAUGUGGAUUCCAGUGCGGAAAGUUCUGCUGUCCAAGCAGACUCUGCUUCACUGAAACAGCUGAAGCUGCCAAAAGAGCAAGAGACUGGAGGGUCUGAACACAAGCAGCCGAUUCAAACACUUUCCAGUUCUUCAGAAAACAUGGAGAAGGUACUUUCAUCAGACCUGCCACCUCAGGUGAAAGGUUCCACUCCUCUUUCUGAUGCCAUAAUACACAAAGAAAUAAAGAAGUUAAAGGAAGCAGAAAAAAACGGCACGCUGCAAUUGACCAUCGAUGCUGGUCAGAAGCGGUUUGGGCCCAUUUCCUGUAACAUGUGUGGAAUGUUGUACUCGGCAGCCAGUCCUGAAGAUGAGGCACAGCACUUGCUGUUCCACAAUCAGUUCAUCAGUGCUGUCAAAUAUGUGGGCUGGAAAAAGGAGCGAAUUCUAGGAGAAUAUCCUGAUGGCAAGAUCAUAGUGGUUCUUCCCGAUGACCCUAAAUAUGCAUUGAAAAAGGUUGAAGAGAUUCGUGAGAUGGUGGACAAUGACCUAGGGUUCCAGCAGGUCGAAACCAAGUGCCCUUCCAACACCAAGACUUUUCUGUUCGUCUCCAAUGACAAGAAGGUUACUGGCUGUCUGAUAGCCGAGCAUAUUCAUGAGGGCUUCAGGGUGAUAGAUGAGAGCGGCCUGGAGGGCUCUGACGGGGAUAAGGUCAUGUUUGAGCGUCAGCGGGCAUGGUGCUGCUCCACCACCCCAGAGCCAGCCAUCUGUGGCAUCAGCCGCAUCUGGGUGUUCAGCUUGAUGAGACGGAAGGGAAUUGCAUCCAGAUUGCUCGACUGUCUGAGGAGCACCUUUAUAUAUGGUUCUUAUUUAAGUAAAGAAGAAAUUGCAUUCUCAGACCCAACGCCUGAUGGAAAGCUGUUUGCAACCCGUUACUUUGGAACACCGCAGUUCUUGGUCUAUAAUUUUAUCAGCUGCAAUCGCUAAUGAGGAAAGGUUGGCGGAUAACCUUUUUGAAACUUCUGGAUGUAUCAAUAAUAUUUUAACUGGCUCAAUGAAUGCUUUCUGUUUCAUGAAAUGUGUGCAAUGCAGCAAGGGCCAUGAUUGGGUGGGGAGACUGAGGAAGCAUUUACGUGGACUCUCUUGUUGAGCCAUUAAGAGUUAGUUCUUUAAGCAUUUCUUAAAAAACAUGACUAGGGUAAGAGGAAGGUUGAAGUUUUGCUAUUCCAGGAACUCAGGUUGUUAAAUAAUAAAAACAAAUAAGUUGGAGAACUUUUUAUUUUUCCAUUCUCCACAGAGUUCUUUGAUAUUUUAAAAGGAAAAUAGUAUUUUGUUAAUUUUUUAAUGCAAACAUAAUGAUGUAUUUUAAAUUAAGAGUUACAUGCAUUCUACUUCUUUCUUUUUCCAAAAGGUGUUAGAAAUUGUUAUCUUUUAUUGGAAAUACAAGUGUUACACAGGUAAUGGAGAUGUACAAGGCCAUCAAAACAGAAGUUUGAUUCCAUAUUUAGUUGUGAAUACAAAAUUAAACUAACAAACACUUCAGUCCUGUUGAAAUGUGGGUGUAUUUUCCUGAGCAGUUGCUAGAUGGCACUGAUCUACAUGGUUUACAAGUUUUUGUAAAUCAGUGAUUCACAGGUACCUGCAUUCAUGUGGCACCGUUUUGCACACCAACACCAUGAUGCAGUUGAAAAUGACAACUGAGACUGUUUAAUUUGAUAUGCAUAUAAUGUAAUUUGUAAAAGAAGACAUUUAAAAUAGCAUAUCAAGCAGUUUUCUGAAAAGCAGCUGUUUUUGGUUUCAGUUAUACUUGUCACUGGUUUAAACUGUUUUGCUGUUUCUUUACCCAUUCUGUAUUAUGAGUCACCGGUUCAACCAGACUGCAGACUGCUACUUUACUCUUAGUCCCAGUGAGAUUCAGUACCUGUUGGGUAUAAUGAUUGUAUGUAGCAGAGAAAGAAGUGCCAUUGAUGCAGCUGUUCUUAUCCCGUUCUUUCAAUCAUUGAGUGGUUCUUGCUGCAAUUACUUUUGUUUCUGCUUUUAUCCAUGCUCAGCAGUUUCUCCAUGGUCUUCUCUAACACACUCUUUAUAGAGCCAGUUUCUUUUUAUAUUUCUGGCAAUACAAUUAUGCAUUAGAUGGCAUUGACACCUGUGCAGUAUAAUGACACUUUGGCUGAUCUGGCUUGGCAUAGCAUAAAGUAUUGUUAACUAUAAUAAAGGUGAUUUGUAAAAGCGCAUCAGUUACAUUAAAUUUGACUGGAAUAAGUACACUUUUAGCAACUUUGGAAUGCAUGGAAAAUGGUUUACAACGCUGACUCUUCAAAUCUAGUGAACAGGUAGUGAACAUUGCUUGGACUGUACAACAACACAGUAAACACUUCUUUGAAGAAGAGAAAGUCCGAUUAGGUGAGGGAAUUUAAUCAUGUAAGAUACCUUUUACAACAGUACAUCUUGUGACAUUCUUUAGACACCAGCAUUUUCACUGAACGUGUUGGUCACUCAUGAUUGCACAUUCAGCUUUAAUACUGCAGUAGGUCUCCUAAAUUGGACAAGGUUAUGAUGUUCAAAGAUCUGUCAAGUAGAUGAUAGAAUCAACAAUAUUAUAGUGUUCUGCCACCUUAUUACAUCUGUUGGUCUUUUUUCCUUUUUUAAAAAUCUGAGCAUAUUUUGACAUUUUUUCUCAAGCUCUUCAAUGAUCUGAAAUGAAUGUGUUUUACUAGGUAUUGUAAUCCAUAAUAUUAAGUAUUUUUCCCAUAAUUUCUCAAAUGAACUGCAACAUCUCAUUCGCAUGCAGAGGUUCCUCUGGUGGGUUUUAUUUUCAGGCUAAAUCUAUCAUCCAUUUCUGAACCGUAACAUAACUGGUGACUUGUUUUCUGGCUUUAACAUAACCAGCUUGCUGCUUUCCUUUGUGCAUACAAGCAAUGACUAUUAAAAGUAGGCCUUUCAGAGUUUCUGAACGAACAACAUGCAGAUACCAGAGGAGCUUCAAUGAGGUUCGCAGUGCUGACUGAUUAAUAGUAAAAUUCUUGGGAUGGGGGGAGGAGUGUGUAAUUAUAAUUAUUAAUGUGACUUCCCGUCUAAAAUCGGUUCUGAUGCACCCAACGUAGUUUAUUAUGUAUAGUCUUGAAUCUGGCACAAACUGUUGAGACUGUUGCUAUGAGUGAAGUGUCUGCAUCAGUGAGUAACUAACAUUAGUACAGAAUGCUCCUCCCAGGUUCAGUUUCACGAACUGCUCUUAUACUUGCUUCAAUGUAUACAGUAGGUCAUUCAUAACUAUACAAUUCUCAAUGGAAAGGUGUGGCAAUACUGAAAUAAAAACUAGAAAAAUGCUUUGACCAGCAUUUCAAAGACAUUAAAAAAGACUUUGUCUAAGUCAAAGACUUCUUGUUACAUAAUAUACUGUAUGCAGCUGUUGGUAUCUGCAUGGUCUUGUGUUGUAAAGUGUUUUGUGAUUCAUCACAGCAAUGUAGCUUCAUCACUGUGUGUGUAAUGAUAAUGUGAAUGUCCUCAAUUCCACAUAUAACCUUCUACAAGGAGGCGGUUAUAUCUGAGGUAUAGAAAGUGACUGAUCAUUCCAAAGUCAAUCCUACCAUCAGUACAUGUAGGAGAGAUGGGGAAAAUGCUGCCAAAGAGUAUGGCUAACAAGUGUGAAGGAGCCAAGUUGACAUAGUAGCAGAAACAUAGUUGUGUUGUCCCAGUUGCUACUGAGGGCAGCAUGUGAUACAGUAAAAACACUGUUUACCCAGUGGGAUAGGUUACCAUUUAUAAAUUAGUCUUAAAGAAGUUAGUGUGACACUGGCCACCUCAGGAAUGUCAAGCCUAACACUGCUCGUACAGAUUCUAAAGAUUCUAAAACAAAACAAAAUAAAUGCCAUUAACAUAGAUAAAUACAGCUUAAAUGUCAAUUUAUUACAUUCACCAAUUGAAGCCAAAAGCAUAUUUUGAAUGUCACAUAGGUUCAAAAAACAAAUACAAAAUGGUAAGUGUGAGUUCGAUCACACAGGUGACCAAGGAGGUCUCAUGGGGGGGGCGGGGUGACAGCAAUUUAGACUUUUUCAGCUGUUCGAAAAUACAAAAAGCAAUUGCAUAAGUUACAUGCCUAAAUUACUUUUAAUUACUUUCUACAGAACAAAAGAAAAUAAACAAUGCAUACAUCAGAGGCAUUUCAUUGACAUUCAGCAGUUAAUUAAUGAAGCUGAUUGGAAAAUAACAUUAGUGUUAGAAAUUGCUUAUUUAACUAGUGCCUUGCUCAGGCAUGGGGUUUUGUCAGACAAGUUCACCACCAGUGUCAGCAUUUAAUAUAAUAAUAAUAAAAAAAAAACUACUGGUUUAGAUGAUGUACUUUCCUUUUUGGUAAAUGGGAAUUUGGCAACUUUCUGUCCAUCUCAGCUUCAACAGUGAAUUUUAGAAGCAGACCAUUUUAAAGCUUUAGUAGAAAGGUAUAUUUUGUAAGUAUGUUACAACAAGUCCCACCUGUAGGGGCUCCACCAUCUAUCCAUUUGUCUCCAUUUAAUACCAGUAUCCGGCUUAAACAACUUCUCUAAAAUAUAGAAAAUUCUGUUUAGAGGCCUGACUGUUUUUCCAAUUAAAAUUACUUCUUUCGGAGAAGAGACAUGCCAGGAUUUAGCAAAAACAUCACAGGAAUCUAGGUAGAAUCCUUGUGCCUCUGCAACCACGUCACGGCAAUUCAAUAAAGCAAUAACAAAGUAUCGGUUCUAUCACAAAAUAAGAAACCAUACUCUCUGACUUAAUAUAUUAUUCUACUACUUAUUUUAUUGUAAACACUUUUUUUUUUUUCUAAACCCAUUUUCCAACUCGUUACCUGUGCAGUUCAAUCUGUUGGUUCCCUCGGGAUCAGAGUUUAUGAUUGGGAUUUUGGG